AUGUCGCAAAAUAAUUGUAAAAAACCCAAACAUAUUCUGCACAUGAAUUUAAAGGAAAAACAAACUUUUUUGGAUUCAUUUGAUAUUGUCCUCUCCGAUUGUGAUGGAGUUUUGUGGAAUAUAUCUGCUCCUAUUCCCAAUGCAGGUGCUGCUAUUAAUCUUCUUAAAAUUGCCGGCAAGGCGUUUAAAUACGUAUCCAAUAAUGAUGGUCGUAGGUCUACUGAAGCUUAUAUCAAAAAGGUCGAGAGUAUAGGUGCUCGAAAUAUUUUGAAGAAUGAUUUUAUAUUACCAUUUAAAGUACUUGCAAGACAUGUUAAACUAAAUUACCCCAGCGAGACAUGCUAUUGCAUUGGCACGGAAACAUUCUGUCAGUCAUUGAAGGAAACAGAUGUGGAAGUUCAAAAUGUCACACCCGGAUUUGAUAUAAAACCUGAUAAACUCAUUAAUGCGGUAACACCAAUUGAAAAUGCCAAAUUGGUUAUCGUAGACAUACACAUUAAUAUGACAUUCAUCGACUUGGCCUUGAUUCAUCAAUAUCUAUUGAAAAAGAAUUGUAUGGUCUACAUCAAUGCGGUUGAUGAUCGAUUGACAGUAUCUAAAGAUUUAAAAAUAGUUGGACCUGGUCUAUUUACACAAGCCCUUGUCGAAUGUGCAGAAAGAGAUUUGAUCAUAUUUGGUAAACCGAGCGAUAUAAUGGCAGAAUACAUAGUUGAUGAAUUUCAAAUCAGCGAGCGUAAACGAGCACUGUUUGCAGGCGAUAAUCUAUUUGCUGAUAUCAAAUUUGGUAUUCAACAAGGAUUUCAAACAUUAUUCGUUCCAACAGGGGUCCAUAGCAUUACAGACAUGAUGACGCAGAUGCCAGAAAAUCAACCGGACUAUUAUGCUGAUGGUCUGGGAGACUUUGUGGAAUUUUUUAAUGAUAUAACAGAAAGUUUGUCCAAGUAAUAUUCAGUCGACAUCAAUAGCUAGCUUAAAAUUGGAGAACGGAAAAUAUGCAAAUGCGUAUUUUGAAUGGAGCGUUGGAAAAAGAUUUGAAAUCACCGAUUUUUUUAUCUAAAGCCCAAAAAUUUUACAUAUAUUCCUAAAGGCGCAUUUUAUUUGCAUAUUUUUCGCCCUGUAGAAAUAAUGACGAUAUUUUAAAACCUGAACCAUAAUAAACAAAUAAAUUAAUUGAGACGAAUGAAUUUCGUCUGUAGCUAGA